AAACGUAAGGCUUGUGAUGUCAUGACCCGUAAUAUCAAAACCAGAAAUCUGCCGCGAGAGAAUCAUGCUAACCUUCCUAAUCUUUUACUCUUAAAAUAAAAGUGCAGUUUCUUCCAUUUUUGUGAAGCAUUGGAGUGUAACUUGUCGCGCGGAUGUGGCUGUCAUGCAGGCAGUAGGUCUCAUUUUAUUAACUAAAUAAAUAUCUAGAAAAUGGAUGAAGAAGAAGUAUUUGAAGAUACUGUAUCUGUGACAUCAGAACCAUCAAAGCGUGACAAAGAGUAUAUAAGUCUUUCACGCUUUACUGUCUACCAUAGUGCAGAAGACAUUCCAUUGGAAGAACAAGAAGAAGCUGAUGGUGAUAAGGCAGUCACUGCAGAGAAUUGUAGACUAAUGGACAAACCUGCACAGUUCAGCACCAGUGACGCAGAAGACAAGAUUCCCACAAUGUCAAUUAAUGGACGUUCAGUGGACUUCGUACUGGUGUGGGAAGAAGAAGGAAGCAAAGCAGCAUCUAGUGCUGCAGCAAAUGCCAAGAUAAAACGAGAGAUCUUUGAAAAACAUUUGGAAGAAGAAGGUCUGAUUCUGGAACAUGAAAAAGUGAAGCAUUUGAAUUUUGUGAAAAUACAUGCUACUCAUGAAGUGCUGUGCCGUUAUACUGAAAUCCUGAAACUCCGUAUGCCAAUGAAAGAGUUUGAUGGUACAUACUUAGAGGAACCUUCAUUUGACAUAAUGCAAGAAGUCAAAUCACUUGUGAAGCGUGCCUUAGAGUUUGUACGAGUGGACCCCAAAGUGUUCAAGCCAGUGGAACGAAAGUUAACUGCAGAGUUUGGUCGAGAUAAAGAAUAUUUAUUUGAUGUUGAUGCACCGAAUUUCUUCACACCUGCAGUAAGGAUCCUAGUUGUUGAUUUUAUUUUACAGCGGCAGAAAUUUUCUGAGGAUUCUGGGGAUUUAUUUUCAUUUGGAAUCAAUAGAUUGAUUACAGAAGGUGUUUACAAGGCUGCUUAUCCUCUCCAUGACGGCGAUUUUAGGGACAGAUCAUGCAUGAGAGGUCUGUUAUUUCAUGAGUGGGCAUCUGUGCAAAAAUGGAUAAAAUUCCAGCCAGUAGAUCAUGUAAAAGAUUAUUUUGGCGUAAAAUUUGGAUUAUAUUUUGCUUGGCUUGGUUUUUAUUCUCAUAUGUUAAUACCUGCUUCAAUAGUUGGUCUUAUAUGUUUCUUCUAUGGAGUCUGUACUAUGUUUUCGAAUCGCUUAAGUCAAGACAUUUGCAAUGAAAGCUUAAACAUUACAAUGUGUCCACUAUGUGAUAGAACAUGUGAAUAUUGGAACCUAGCAGAGACGUGUACAUAUGCACGCAUCACAUACUUAUUUGACAAUCCAUUUACUGUGUUCUUCGCAAUAUUUAUGUCCUUUUGGGCAACACUGUUCCUGGAACUGUGGAAACGGUACUCAGCUAGCAUAGUACAUCGCUGGGGGCUUACUGGUUUUGAUCUCCAGGCUGAGCAUCCCCGUCCAGAAUAUCUGGCACGUCUUUCUCAUGUGAAGCGCAACAAAGUGAAUGUCGUUACUGGACUGGAGGAACCCUAUGUGCCAUUCUGGAAAGUGAGAGUGCCUGCAACCAUUCUGAGCUUCUCAGUUGUUUUGCUUCUGAUUGCUUUGGCCGUUGGUGCUGUUUUUGGAGUUGUACUUUAUCGUAUGUCAGUUUUGACCUCGCUGUCACUGUAUCCAAAUAAUGAUGCCACGGGGUACAUAACUAUGUUUAUACCAGCAACAGCAGCUACAAUCAACUUGUUGUGCAUUAUGACUCUUAAUUGGUUCUACGACUGGCUAGCAGUUCGCCUCACUGAAUGGGAGCUUCUUCGUACACAGACAGAAUUUGAUGACAGCCUUACAUUGAAGAUCUAUCUAUUUCAGUUUGUUAACUACUACACAUCUAUUUUCUACAUAGCAUUUCUCAAAGGAAAAUUUGUGGGUUAUCCCUCAAAAUACAACAGAAUUCUUGGUUAUAGACAAGAGGAGUGCAGUCCAGGUGGUUGUCUUAUGGAAUUGUGUAUACAGCUAGCUAUUAUAAUGGUUGGAAAGCAAGCAAUGAAUAGCAUACUGGAAAUGGUCAUACCACUGCUACAGAAAUGGUACAAUACUUUCAAACUGCUAACUGGACUUGGAAAAGAAGAUGAUGCAAAAGCUGUGAGCAGCACUCGCUGGGCCCAAGAUUAUAGGCUUUUGGACUGGGGUCCGAGAGGACUUUUUCCAGAAUAUCUGGAAAUGGUUUUACAGUAUGGAUUUGUUACAAUUUUUGUCGCGGCCUUUCCACUUGCUCCAUUCUUUGCGCUUCUCAAUAAUGUGCUCGAAAUGAGACUGGAUGCAAAGAAGUUCCUCAAAUUUUAUAGGCGUCCUGUGCCUCACAGAGUUAAAGAUAUAGGAGUAUGGUUUCGCAUACUUGAUAUAAUUGGAAGACUAGCUGUUAUGACAAAUGCAUUUAUUAUUGCAUUUUCCUCAAAUUUCAUUCCACGUUUAGUGUAUAUGUCAGUCGUCAACCCAAACCAUACAGAUGAGGGUUUCCUGAAUCAUUCGCUAGCAUAUUUCAAUACAUCAGAUUUUCCAUCAUACUAUGCACCCCGACAUCCAGAAAAUGUCACAAUGUGCAGGUACUUAGAAUAUCGCAAUCCUCCUUGGGACCGUCAUCCAUAUAAGCGGCCACCCAUUUACUGGCAUGUUCUGGCAGCAAGACUGGCAUUUAUAGUUGUUUUUCAGAAUGUUGUGGGAGUUGUGAUGGCUGCAGUGGAGUGGUGUAUACCUGACAUGUCUCGGAAACUGCGGGAUGAAAUAAGACGUGAAGCAUAUUUGACAAAUGAAAUCAUCAUUAAACAGGAGGCAAUGAGAGCUCGUGCUCGCUUGAGUCAAGUCAGUUCAGGGGAAUUCUUGGAAGCUGAGAGAAAAGGAGGAUCUGGUGAAAAUGGUAUUAGACAUCGUGAAGGCCAAUGGAACAAUCUUGUUGUUUGAGUUGCAAGUUAUUUAUUAUUUUUCUUAAUAAGGUAAAGUGCAUAAAAAUGCUGUUGUAACUUUACAGGCUUUAAGCAGUUAAUUUAUUAAAAAGAUAAGUGGCUUAUGUCAAGAGAAGCCAGCACUGUGAAUUUCUUUAUGAGUUCCUUUUUGUAUAUUUUACUCUGAGGAAGUAUAAUCACAUUCGAUUUCAUAUUUACUUCAGAUUACUAAUAGUUUUAUGUAAAUGUAUAAAACUGCUUCUAAUGUUGUGGAAUGUGAAGGUUUUCAACAAAGAUCUAUAUUCUCAUGGCUAUUUUGUAUAAAGUUGUAUUCUAAAGAACAGAGGCAGUAAACUUUUUGUGGUCACAUAUCUAUUAUUGCCAAUAUAUUUAUAUUUAUUAACAUAUUUCAGAAUUUCAUAUCUUCAUUGCAAGAAGAGGAACAGAUCUGAAAUAUAUUUUGCUACUGAAAUAGUGAAAGUUUAUGAAAAACAUGUAGCAGCUAGGUUUUUACAUGAAAAAGCAAUUUGGUAUUGCUUUUCAAGUUGUCAGUUGGUCAGUAAAGAGUCCUUUUUAUUUUAUGUUUAUGAUGGAAUUGAAUUCUGUCAUUUUUCAUACGUGGUUGAGGCAUUGUGAAGUUAAAGCUUUACAUAGUGUAUAUUGUAAAUGUGUGUUGUGGUACUGAAUGUUGGUACUUAAAUUUUUAUUGUUGAGUAAUGGAUGGACAAUUUUAUGAUGUGUUGUUUGUAAUGUGAUUUUUAUAUUCUACUCAGUAAAUGAUAAUGAAGGGAUAGUCUAGCUUUUAUAUUUGUAUAUUUAAAUGUUACAGAUGUUUUUAGACAUUUUGUAAUUUUUUGCUAAUCCUUUAAUUAUUGAUAUAAAUACAUCACAAUUUAUAUUAUUUAUAACAAAAAAAUAAUGUAGUGUAAAAGUUUCAGUUCAAUGAAAAUGAUUCCAAAGUUGCAUUUAUAAUGUGAUUUAUGAAAAGCAGAAGAUCCUAUUGCCAAAAUACUUUGUUGUUUUAUGUGAUGUAUGCUUCGUGCCUGCACUUUAAGCUUUCUCUGGUACCUGAAAUUAACGUUAGUUUGAUAUGCAUUUAAUUAAAGGAAAACAGUCUUGUCGUAGGCAUCAUAGUGCAUAUAUAUUUCAGUGAAAAUGUUAUUGUGCAGAAAGUUAUACAUAGACACACUUUUAUAUACUUUUAUUGAAAAUUAUGUUCCACUUAUUAAAAUACAGUAAUACAAUAUUUUCUGUAACUGGUAAUCUUUUUGCCAGUAUGACAACUAAUCAGAAAUUUACCAAAAGUGUUUGUAGACUGGUUGUUCUACAUGUCACAUAUAUUUAUGUUCUUCUAGGGAAUGUGUAGGGUUGUGAAUAAUUGAAUCAAUAUAUGUUAUGAACUCCACAGGAAGGUUUAAGAUGUGCUAAGCACUGUGAAAUGGGUACCCAUAUGUAUUAUUAGGGAGCAGAAAUUUGUAUGAACUACUAAUAGAUGCAGUUUUGAGAUAAUUGAAGAAAAAUAUGUUAAGUGAAGCAGCUGCAAAGCUGCACAUGGAUGCCAAACAAUAUAAAAGAGAAAUUUUUUCCAGUCGCAUUGGGGUUCAUUUUGAUCUUCAGCAAUAAUUGUCUGCAUUUCAGUAAUCUCUUAUAAAAAUCUAACAGGUACUGCUAACUCUAGCUUUACCUUUAAUAAGUGGAACCUGACUUCCACCCUGUCAGUUAAGAGAGUUUCAAAUUUUAAGAGUGCUGGUCAUUAUUAUUCUUAUCUACUGUCACAGCUACAUAGUACAUACUGUCCUGUGCCCCUCUGUCUGAGAUUAAGGUUUUUGUUUCUUAUGUGAACACAUACUGUGCCAUUAAUAGCUUCAUAAGCCUCAUUUCAGACUUUACACCCAUGUAAUUCUGACCGAACAACUCAUUAUUUGUUACAUGAAUUCAACAACGAGCUCUUUUUGCCAUGUUCCUGUACAUUAUAAAAAAGGAGGGACAAAAUAUCUAGUUACAGAACCAGUGACAGCUCAUCUGUUUAGCCAUUUACACCACAACUGCUUACAACAAUUCAUCUCUGGAGAUCUGCUAAAGCCUGUGUACCAUGACACAUAGUAAUACCCACUUCUUAAUGGCAUGUGAAGUCACCUUAGGAGAGGUUUGAAUAAUUUUCUUUUUUACUAUACUGGCAUUUAAAAAAUGUUACAUUCUAGCUAUUCUAGAAUUAUGAUUACUUUGUUAGUUCCUUGUUUUUCUUCUUUUUAAUUACUGUGCCUCCAUCUUGCCAAAUGUAUUAACCUCUAUUUCAUCUGUGCCUUUUAGUUGCAAAUGUCAAAACAUUUUCAUGACUAAGAAAUGCUAGUUUAAAAUGUGACAUUUAAACUGUUAAGACUUUUGAAUAAAGAUGAGUAGAAAUGUAAAUUCAAUCAAAAUUUAGAUUUUUGUAAUAAAAAUAUUUACCUAACAA